AUUGACACGGUAGAGCGAUGGUAGCGACGCCCAAGUUCCAUGUGACGCAGGACGCCGCGUGGGUGUUUGUGCAUGUGCAUGUGCCUUUUGUACGCGUGUCGGACAUGGAGUUCUACGUAGACGGCUUCGAUUUUACGUUCUUCUGUAAACCGUACUUGCUCAAGCUGCACUUCCCGCACGAGGUGGUAGACGACGAGUUGGCCAAGGCUGUGUACGAUCCCAACAAGGAUAAUGGUACCAUUGUGGUGCAUCUACCCAAGAAGGAGCCCGGGCAGGACUUCCCAGACCUCGACAUGCUCACAAAGUUGCUGCAACCGCAACGGCCUCCAGUUGAUGUUAAAUCCGACAAGCAACGGAAAUCACCACUAAUUGAAGUGCUGGAUUCAUCGAGUUCUGCGCCAAUUGGGACUUUCCAAGAGGAAAACGAUAGACUCAAUGCGCUGAUCGAUGGUAAGCCGAUACCCAGCACAACCGAACCUUCCGCUGAUCAGGUACAGACGGACUCAUCGCUCCUGGAUCUCGAGUCCUCGGCAACAAAGAGCGUUAGCUCGAUUAAGCUCGAUGCAGGAAACGAUGCCGCCGAGUCGAUUGGCGUGCGUGUCACUGACCUCGCGCCUUCGUACGGAUUCAACAAUGCGUACAGUGAUUUUUUUCGCGUAUGGCAUGGCGAAGUGAGCGAAAUUUUGUCACUACCUGACCCGGAACAUAUUCAACCUGAACAGCGACGUAUCCUUCGCGAGAGCGCCGAGGAGCAAAUGUUUGACAUUGAGCGAUACCUCAUGGACUUCGCAAACCAAGGAGAUGACAUGUACUUCGAGCUGGCCAUGGCGUACGAGCCUUUCUGGACCAAAUACCCCGUCCUGCCACCCGCAGACAUUCGAAAGACUAUUACAGAAGUGAAGACGACGAAACCUCUAAUUGUCGAGGUUGACCCGGACGUCAACUGUGUGAGUGACAACAUCAAGAUUAUGUCGCUGGACACCACUGCACUUCAACCUCCUCCAGCGCCUUCCUCGGAGUCAUCGGUCACAUUUACUGAUGCAGAGCAGGAAUUAUUGCUUCGACUUCCUCGAAAAGAGUUUCUGCUUCCAGAGGGGAGCCCCGAAGAGAAAUUGGUAGUCGGAGGUCUCGUCGAUAUCCUCAUCGGCUUUGCUUACGAGCAGUUGACUACCCAGGGCGACAGUGGAGUGGAGUCCACUUGGACGGUGAGCAUUGUGAGCCCGACGUUGUCGUGGCUGGACUCGAACGCAGACCUGCGCGCCGUUGUACGCUCAACUGUACGUCGUAUGAUCACGUUUCCAUUCUUGCGGCAAUACGAUCUGGCCAUGCGCUGUAUGCGUGAAGCGAGCGAGAUCUUGAAGCGUGGGAAGCGUGUCGUACUUCGGGCGCUGCUGACACUGCACCGAAUUGUCGAGAAGUCCGAGACGCAGUAUCUGCUCAACUCGCUCUACAUUCAGGACUACUGCGUGUGGAUCCAGUCUGUCAGUGAUGAACGUCUUCAGCGUGUUAGUGCCACGCUGGAUACCCACAUCGCUGCGUUCACAAAGAGUGAAACAGGCUGGGCCUUGGAAGAGCUCGAAAAAAGUCUCUUUGAAGCCGAUGAUAAUGAAGGUGAAGCAACUUCCAGCUCUGACUCGGAAUCCUACGACGACAGUGAGGAGGAAUCGUCUAGUGGAGAAGAGUCGAGCGAUGACAGCAGUAGCGACGAAGAGGUUGAUGAAAAGACUGAUGUGGAGACACUGAAGCCUUGACGAGAUAGGCACUUGACAAGCACGUCAUGUAUAAUUAGUGAAGCGAAGACGCUUACAAAAAUAUAGUUUUUGUGUGUAAAGCACCGCUUUUGACUCGCAACG